AAAGAGGCGUCCCUGCGUCUCACGUUGCUCUGUUGGUCUCCGCCAUCUUGCCUCUCCCUGCCGACCACAAGCCGAGCACGGAAGUGGAGCGUGCAAACUCCACUGUGCGGGCUCGAGGUUCCGCCUGCGGACAGCUCGCCGGUCGGAUUCUUCUGUUCGACGGGAUUUUACCCUUUCUAUAAAGCGCAAAUUCGGGGAAAGAUGGCUGGACGGCUACCGGCGUGUGUUGUGGACUGCGGUACAGGUUACACCAAACUGGGGUAUGCAGGGAACUCAGAGCCACAGUUCAUCGUUCCAUCAUGUAUUGCGAUCAAAGAGUCAGCUAAGGUUGGAGACCAAGCUCAAAGGAGAAUGAUGAAGGGGGUGGAUGACUUGGAUUUCUACAUUGGCGAUGAAGCUGUAGACAAGCCAACAUAUUCCACAAAGUGGCCAAUACGUCAUGGGAUUGUUGAAGACUGGGACCUAAUGGAGCGCUUCAUGGAGCAAAUCAUCUUCAAAUACCUUAGGGCUGAACCUGAAGACCACUACUUCCUCCUGACAGAGCCUCCUCUGAACACACCAGAAAACCGGGAAUACACAGCAGAGAUCAUGUUUGAAUCCUUCAAUGUACCAGGACUUUACAUUGCUGUGCAGGCAGUACUUGCUCUCGCAGCCUCUUGGACGUCCAGACAAGUAGGUGAGAGGACAUUGACGGGGACUGUUAUUGACAGUGGUGACGGUGUAACCCAUGUCAUCCCUGUGGCUGAAGGUUAUGUUAUUGGUAGCUGUAUCAAGCACAUUCCGAUCGCAGGGCGAGACAUUACUUACUUCACCCAGCAGCUGCUACGAGAGAGGGAGGUCGGGAUCCCACCAGAGCAAUCACUGGAGACAGCCAAGGCGGUCAAGGAACGAUUCAGCUACGUGUGCCCAGAUCUUGUCAAAGAGUUUAACAAGUACGACACAGAUGGCUCUAAGUGGAUUAAGCAAUAUACUGGCAUCAACGCCAUCAGCAAGAAAGAGUUCACUAUUGAUGUUGGAUAUGAGCGAUUUCUGGGACCUGAGAUCUUCUUUCAUCCAGAGUUUGCCAACCCAGACUUUACUCAACCCAUCUCUGAGGUUGUUGACGAAGUCAUUCAGAACUGUCCUAUUGAUGUCAGACGUCCUCUCUAUAAGAACAUUGUUCUAUCAGGAGGCUCCACCAUGUUCAGGGACUUUGGUCGCCGUCUGCAGAGAGAUUUAAAGAGGACCGUUGAUGCCAGACUGAAGAUGAGUGAGGAACUGAGUGGAGGCAAACUUAAGCCCAAACCAAUUGAUGUCCAAGUUAUUACUCAUCAUAUGCAGAGAUAUGCUGUCUGGUUUGGAGGAUCAAUGUUAGCAUCAACGCCCGAGUUCUACCAGGUUUGCCACACCAAAAAAGACUAUGAAGAGAUUGGGCCGAGCAUCUGUCGCCACAAUCCUGUGUUUGGGGUUAUGUCUUAACUAAAUCUAACAGCAGUGGGGUGAAGGACAGGGUUCGGGGUUGACUUGUUGUCAAGGAAAGGUCCAAGCAGUGGAAAGAGGUGGUGCUCUUGAGGUAGACCAGAGCAAAGGAGACGCAAGACUGCCCCCCCCCCCUUCUUUGCUUUGUUUUUCAAAAUAAGGGGAAUGGUUUUACAAACUCAUUGCUAUUUUUCAUUCAAAGUAACAUGCAGUAAAUGGUUAGGUUGAUGAAGUGAAUGAUUGCAAUUAUCAGGGGUUGGUGGACACCUUGAAUUAUAAAGCUUUUACAUCUUCAAGGUGGAAGUACUUAUUGAUAACUUUAGAACCCAGCUUUGUCUGCAUCUCUCCUUUCAAGCUUCUAAUACACUGUGUAUCUCUAGAAGAGGUUUUUUUAUAUUUCAAGCCUUUUUAAUUGUAAAUGCAGGAUGAAAUCAAGGGUUAAAAAAUGUUGACUGUUUCAUCUGAUGGUGCAGCUUUGAUACACAUUAUUUUCCAACCUUGACUCAAUAGUCUCACAAUUCUUUGUGUCAGUAUGGUCUGUUACCUAAUUACUAAAGCAUAGACUCAUAUGCUUUCACUUCAGACAGUGGCAGGUUUUCACCUCUAUGAUGCAAGGAAUGAAAACAAGAAUUGCAGAUUAGAAUGAUCCAGUUGAAUUCACUGUCAGACCAGUAUUGUUUGAUCAAAUAUUUUUUCAUUAAAUACCAAAUUGUUCAAAGAAUGGAAUUUGUGUAUUUAAUGCCUUGCUACAUUCCAAUAAAGGUGUGAAUUGGUUUAUGAAAACUGCAGUUUCCUGGACUUUUUCAGUCACCCUAAUUAUGUCGCAACACCCAAAUAAAUCUUGAUUCAAGUUUGUA